UCUCUCACGCACGAUCCAUGAGCACACUUUUUCACGCCACAGGUCGUGGAGUCGUCGACACGCACCACCCUGGGUUGGAGAAAAGACGUCGUCUCGGCAUGGAAGGAAUGCGAGGAGGAGGAGGAGGACAGGACGCCGUUUAGGGCUCAGCAAGGCGUUGGCUUCAAGGUGGUUGCCACGGCGAUGAGGCCCGCGCGACCCUCCUCCGAGACCUACCAGUCGGUGUGCUGCACGGCCAGUCCGUCCGUGUCCUACUCCAGCCUGUCCGGGCUGGACGAGCCCGGCGACCGGAUGCCCAUUUUUUCCCUCUCCAAGAGCGCCGUGGACGUCGUGACGGCGUCGGGCCCGGCGUGGACCGGCAUGGCCCUGCGGCGCAGCUCCAGCGCCACAUUGCCCGCCGAGCCGAACCCCUUUGGCUCAUCACCGGAGAAGACCCAGAACGCGAGCGGGCGCUGGAGCCGGUGCAGUGCCGACGUGCGUAGCGGCAGCAGCACCCCCAACACGGUGGUGUGGGGCGGCGGGGGGUCGCGCCCCUGCAGCCUCACGCGGGACGCCACCAUGACCUCCUCGCCGUUCAUCUCCCCCUUGAUGACGCCCACUCUCCCGUCCGUGGAUCUUUGCUCCUCGUCUUCGCCAGUCACAAGUAGGGCACCCCGGCAGGAAGACCACCCGGCAUCUCCACGCCACCUUGACGCCGCGCCGUCCUCAAAGCGCUUUUUCCGGGUGACAAGCAAAGAAGAGGACGCCUUCCUGAACGACCGCAUGCUUUAUUUCCAGUACCCCUCGCCGAUGGCGUCCUCCGUGGGGUCCUUAACCCCGGCGUCCUUCCUGUCCCAGACGGCGCUGCGAGGCUCAGCCGACAAAGAGCGGGAUCAAGAUGCGGGAGUCCACCUCCAGUUGCCAUGGCAACCGGGCCAAAGUCCAGGCCGAGGCGGGAGGCCGGCGCUGGUCUCCUCCGUGAGUGACUCGCUGCUGCGCGAAGGUUGCAGAUGCUGCAGAGGCGGCGUCAAAAAGGAGCGAGGGACCAUGACGCCCUGGCGGGAGGUGGCGGACGCGGCCGUGCAGACCCUCUCCCCCGCCGGCUCCUGGUGGGACCUCCGCAGGAACACCUCUCACACGGGCUCACCGUCCCUCCUGGGCUCGCCGCCCGGAUCCAGGCUGAACCUGAAGGCCUCGAUAGGGUCCAACUCCAACCUGGUGUCGCCUUCCUCCAGCAUGUUCCCCGGCAGCAACGGCGAGGACGAGGCCUCCGCUUCCGGGAACGAUCCGGAGCGCAAGAGGUCCUGCCUGAAGGUCCAGGGGGAGGAGAAGGACGAGCCGGGCGGGAGGAGGAGCAGCAUGAAGCAGGUGCAGUGGGACGAGGACGGCUUGACCUGGGACGUCCACGGCGCCUCGGUGGACCCGCAGGAGCUGAGCGCGGCCAUUCAGAAACAUCUGGAACUUCACACCAGCCCCGACCCCGCCAAACGUCCCUCGGCGAAGAAGAAAGCGCCCAAACCUCCGUCUCCUACCGAGGCCACGCCGCCCGGAGGCCAGUGGAAGGAGGACACGGGCGGGGGGCGGGAGGAGGCGAGCGGAUCGGGAGGAGAGGACGAGAGCUUCCCGAAUUCGCCCGCACGUGGGAGCGGAAUCGUCCGGAAGAGGAGUGUGAUGAGGUCGCUGAGACCAGGGUGGUGCGGGGGGUCCAGAAAGGAGGACUAAAACAAAAUGGCCACUUCUCUCCUGCUGUCGAAAAUAAACUUAAUGUAACCCGAUGACGCCUUGCUAAGUGUUUACAAAUGCAAGUUUUACUAUAAUAUAUUUUAAUAUAUUUUGGUACGCAUCUUACAAUUAGCAUUUAAGCAUGCAAACAUUAGCACUACUGUAGCUUCAUUUGAUCUAAUUUAGAAUAGAAUAGAAUAGAAAGUACUUUAUUGAUCCCUGGGGGAAAUUCAGCAGGUGUAUUGUCAUAUAAUUUGGUAUUUUAUCAAUGCUAACUGUAAACAUGCUAUUGUUAGCAUAGUACCGUUAGCAUGCUAGCGUUUUAGCUCAUUUUGCUCAUAUUACUUGACGCUAUCUGAAAAGUGUGCUAACUGUUAGCAUUCAAGCUAAUUUUGUAUGUACACACCUCAGUCAUAUUUUUGUACUUGAUGCAUGCAAAUGUCAGGUAGGUUGCAACAUUGUUUGUCAACACUGUCUGCUCUCAUUUUCUUGCACAUUUCACCCUCUGCUACACUCUGUCCUCCUCCUGUCUAGG